AGAAAUUAAAAAAAGUUUUACUAAAGCUUAUAGAGAAAAAACAGAUAUAAAAGAACUAAAGCUUGAAGAACAUCAAGGAGGUUUAGACAGUAAUGAAAUAUUAGAAGAAGGAAAAACACCACUUAAAAUAUUUAGAGAAAAUAAAAAUAAAAUUCCAUAUUGUAAAAAAGAAGCUUAUAAUUUUGGUAGAACACAUAAUGAUAAAGAAUCAACGCAGCGUGAUUG